AUGGAUAACUCGAUACCUGACUCAGUUAUUGACUUGACGAUAGAGCCAGAGCUCUAUCUUGUCGUCUUUCCCACGGAGUUUCCUCCAGAGGGAGAAUGCGAUGAACAGGACAUCGACAUCGGCUUCACUAAUUCUCCCGCUAUAGGGGAACUCAUGGAGAGAUCUACCAGAGACCCCAACCUACCAAAAUGGGAAUUUGUGGACCUGAGUCACCCGAGCAAAAUCGCCAAGGAGCGGAUAUUGAUGAAGCAUAAUAUCAAAAAAGAAGACUGCGUGAAGGUGAAGGGGUGGGAUAAAGAAGACUACGGCUUGUGGAUCACUCCUGGACUACUCUCCGCACUGGAACUAGCCAAAGUAUACAACAUACAAUACGAAUGGAAUUCCAGCGAAAAAUGCUUUGCAAAGACUGGCUACACAAACAAGCACGCUAUUGCGGGCAAGGUUAAAGCUGCCGAGCGCCUGGGUUGGAGGUGGAAAAUAAAUGUGACGGUUAUCCUAGUGAAGAACGAGGAAGAGCUUACGAAGCUGCGGGAUGAGGAUGGGGGACCUAAGCGAAUUGCGUUAUGGGAAUGCGAGGGUGAGGGGGUCGAAGGUUGGAUUACAGAUGGCUGCGUCCUCCCUAGCAAUGAUAACAUUGAUGGCAUAACAAACCACGCAUUCCUGAGAACACUUAUCGACGAGCUCAUCGAAACGCCAGGCUUCCAGGGAUGGGAAGCCGAAGACCUACGUAAAGUCACGAGAAAAGCGCUUAAAAGGAAGAAAGAGGAAUACGAAGACGAAGGCCUAGUAGAGAUCCUUGGCGAAGAGUGGAAGGCUGAUAAUAAUGGUCGGUGGGCUACUCCUGGAUUGAUGAAAGUACUCCGUAGCUGCAGAUACUACGAAAUAACUUAUCGUUUCCGGCCUCGCACUGGCUCACCAGACGUCUACAAGACGGGCUACACGAACAGCUACUCCAUCGCUAAGGGAAUUGAGCGCAUUUUGAAGUUGCCAGGGCGGCCGUAUUCGCGAUUCGACAAAUGCGACGUAAAGCUAGUUGCUAGCGAGAAGGAUUUCAAGAGAUACCAAGACAGUGAUGGUAGGUGUGAGCGCCUCUUCAAGGAGGGGGUAGAUGGGGAGAUAAUUGACGACGGAUGGAUCACGAAAGGCUUCAUGUCGAUUAAGAUCGUACCCAAGUAA